UGAUGGGAUCAGUGUGAGUCAUCAGGAGUAGUUAAUGGUCUUUGCUGGUGUUGUAAGUAACACUGGCUAAUUGGGAAGAGGCCUCACAGUGUGUGACGGGUGUUUCUGCCGAGGACGCUCGGACCACCUCCACGAUGAGAGGGCUGUAGAAGGAAACACAUUCAUUCAUCACACAGAUGGAAACUUGGGAACAUAUAGAGGUCUACAACUUCCUGGUGUGUGGCUGGGCCAAAGGAAUUGGCAUCAAGACUCUCCCGGAUAAAUAAUACAUCGUUUUUGCUCGGGUUCACUUGGGUGAGUCUGCCACAAAGGUAUGCAUCGACACGCUUUCACCCCCGUCACCUGGCACCCCUCUGCUAGUCCACCUGCAUGCUGCUCAGCCAUGCGGACUCAACACACGUCUAACAGCGUUAGAUGGGGCGCACUGCACGUCUACAUCGCCUGGCAGAUUCAUUACAAAGAGCAACUCAAGCACAACAUAGCCAAAGAUGACCGUCUCCAUGGAGACACACCAUCCCAGGUUCCUGCCCCCGGACCACCUGUCUCGCUCACAUCCCCUCAUGCAGCGUCGUCUUCUGCCUUUGGACUGCUGGCUGAGACGAGACCAAGAAGGCGCCAGGUGCUGGGAGACGAUCUGAGCUGGAGAGACGACGGAGGAAAGCAAGAAGAAAGGUGGAAAAGGCAGCAGGAGAGUGCCGCCUGCACCCAGAUGAAGAAGAUGAGGCAGCAAGUAUCCUCACAAAUUAUGACAGCGCCACACACUCGCUGGUACUGUCACAGGAACAGAUUUAAACAUCUGAACCCAAGUGAUCAACUUCUUCUAUUGGGCAACAAUGUAAACUGCAAUGUGAUCAAAUGCUCUCAUGGCGUUGUUGGCAGCUUCUCUGAGCCACAACGUCUUUGUCCCGCCAUUGUGAGGCAGCAGGGGCCCGCUCACCUCAGCAGGGCCACACCUACAGGUGAUGAGAAGCACCUGCACCAACUCCGCUACUCACCGUUUCUGGGCAACAGCCGCCAUCCAAGAUUUUUGCUUUGAGUCCGCCGUAUGCUAUAAUCGUAUUUUUCACAGUUUUGUAGUCUUUAUGAAGAGAAAGGACGCCAGAAGUCUUCUAAAUCAGUGUUUUUCAACCUUUUUUGAGCCAAGGCACAUUUUUUGUGUUGAAAAAAUUCGGAGGCACACCACCAGCAGAAAUCAUUAAAAAACGAAACUCAGUAAACAGCAAAGAGUUGUCGUCGCAAUUGUUGGAAGCAUAACCAAGCAUGCAUCACUAUAGCUCUUGUCUCAAAGUAGGUGUACUGUCACCACCUGUCACAUCACACCCUGACCUAUUUGGGCUUUUUUGCCGUUUUCCGUGUAGUGUUUUAGUUCUUGUCUUGCGUUCCUAUUUUGGUGUCUUUUUCUCUUUUUUUUGGUAUUUUCCUGUAGCAGAUUCAUGUCUUCCUUUGAGCGAUAUUUCCCGCAUCUACUUUGUUAUAGCAAUCAAAAAUAUUUCAG